UUCUAGACGCGGCGUGUGUUGCCUCAUUGGACAUCUCGGUGGAACAUCAUCAGCCUUCUUACUGUUUUCGCCGUUGUCUAUUCUAGAGAAUUGCUCUUAAACCCGCCCCUCGUGCUUGAUCAUCCUCCGUCUUCUAGCCGCUGCUUCAGUUGGAUCAGCCGACCUUGUUCUGGAUUUGGGGUCCGCCCUCUUCCGGCGAUUCGGUGGGGAUUGAUCGAAUCGAGUGUGUGAAAAAGAAUUCACUGGAGUGGGAGCAUGGCAUUGCUCCGGUCCAAGAAGGACGUGGAUGCCUACGUGGAGCAAUUGACCUCCAAGAUCCAUAGCGAGAACGAGCGCAAUCUCAAGGCCUUCUCGCUGGCCAAGCUCUACUACAACGUGGGUGAUUUCGAAAGUGCCAAGGCUUAUCUGUCCAAGUACAUUGCCUUGCGGCCCAAUUCUGCACUGGCCUUCUCUUUGCACGGGCAAUCGCUGGAACAACUCCGUCAACCCGGCCCAGCCUUGAAGUCGUAUCAAACCGCGUUUGAACUCGAUCCCAGUCAGAAGGAGCUGCUUCUGAAGAUCGUGGAAUUGUGUUCCAUCCUCGGACCUCAAAUUGACCGAGGCAAGGCCAAGUACUGGUUGGAUCAGAGCCAGAAGCAUUUUCCUCACCACCCCAAGAACAAGAAGCUUCAGAGUGCUCUCAAUCAAAACGGGACCGAAAACGAAGAAACCAACGGAAACAACAUCACCAACGGUUUAAACAAUUCCUCCCAAGACUCGCCUCCAGACCGUGAAAACCUGGACGGAUCUUUGUGGUCAACCUCGCUGUUGUUUGGCAGUCGUCGCAACCCUAUGUUGUCGCGCGUGGAUACGCCCGAGCGGAGCAGUACACCCUUGUCGGCUAGUCUUGACACGCCCAAGCGAGGUGGCGGGCAGUCCACCCUACCCCGACCCUCGCCCGAGCGUUUAGAGGCGCAAGUGCGCAGCCUUGAGGUCACCCAAAACAAGAUGGUUGAUCUUUUGCUCGACCAAAACAAAGUGGUGGUCGAGGAGUUGCGCCUUCAUCGCACCAAUGUCGUGGAAGAGAUGAAAACCCACCGGCAGAACGUAUCCGACCUCAAGAUGGAGAUGAAACAGGGAUUGCACGAUUUGAAGCUGGAAGUGGCCAAAUUGGGGCAAACUCUCAAGGAACCCAAGGACGACCUGUCGUCUUUGCGAGAGCUGCGCGAGAUUCGGGAACUCCUGGCCAGUCUCCCCCGGCAAAUUGCCAAUGCCAUCCCGCCUCCUCCUCCUCCCCCUCCUACAGCGACACCCGUGCCUCAAUCCGUAGCCCCCCUCCCCUCUGCCUCGUCUCCUUCGCCCUCUUUGAGCGGUCAAGCCCGGUCUCUUCAGUUGCAAGACUUGCAAGAGGCUCUUGCUCAACAGACGGCUUUGCUGCAGAUGAGUAGCUUGGGCUUUGCCGCCAACAUGUUCGCUCGCCCCCCUGGUCCUCAUCAUCCUCACCCUGGUGCUGGUGUUGUGCCUGCUCCUCAUCUCAACCAUUCAGUUCCCCCUCCCAGUGGUCCUCACAUACCACCUGUGCCCACUUUCCGCCAUGGUGCCGAGUGGAUCCCUCCAGUGGGACUCUCUCCUCCCAACAUUGUACCAGAGCACAAGAGUCCCGCUCACGACUACCAAAUCACUCUGCCACGAAGCAAUGUUCAAACCACCGAUCCGUUUGAAGGCCAAGAAGGACCCGCAUUGCCCAUCACCACCAACGCUCUGCUCUCCAACAUCCCCGCACCCGUUUUCUCGAGCCUGAGCAAAACCCCGCCCAAGGCCACUUCUACUACCACCACCAACACCAACACCAGUCAACACUCGGCCACUAGUGUCACCAAUUCCUCUUCGAAAGGCUUUGGAGAACAAUUCAAGCCCAAGGUGGGCUCGUGGGAAUGUGCGGGUUGUCUCAUGCGAAAUGAAGGCGACACCAUGCAAUGCCCAGCUUGUCAAACGGCUCAGCCUGGUUACGAGAACGAAGUGAAGAAGAAAGAAGAGACCGCCAAGCCCCAGGUCACGUUUGGUGCCCAGGGCGGCUUCAAGUUUGGAUUCCCGGGGGCCACGACCGCACCCGCUAGCAACACUGGAGGUGGAUUCACCUUCGGUGGCGGACCAGCCCCAUCUGCUCCGACCUCCAAACCUGAGGUUGCCCCAACGACGUCGUCCACUAUUGGAUCCAGUGGUCAUUUGAGCUUCGAGAAUCAGUCCUUGAAACUGAACACGGAGGCCGAUGCCAAGGCUGUGGCUGAAAAGAUCAAAAGUACCAAGAAGAUGGUCGAGUUGACGUUUGCCGGGAACACGAUCGGCAUCGAUGCUGCCAAGGCCAUUGGUCAAGCAUUGGAAGUGCACCCGGAGUUUGAGAAAGCCCAUUGGAAGGAUAUGUUCACAGGUCGAAUGAAGACCGAGAUCCCGCCAGCCCUUCAACAUCUCAGUCGAGGAAUCAUGAAAGCCAAUGCUAAACUUGUCGAAUUGGACUUGAGCGACAAUGCUUUUGGCCCAAUUGGAAUGGAGGGAAUCAAAGACCUCCUUAAGUCACCCUCUUGCUUUACCCUGAAAGAGCUCAAAUUGAACAACACGGGUUGCGGCGUAACCGGUGGCAAAGCUUUGGCCAAGACGCUACUGGAGUGCUAUCAUAGCAGCAAAAAGCAAGGGACCCCCUUGGGUUUGAAGGUGUUCAUCUUGGGACGAUCUCGUCAAGAGAAUGAUGGUGCCAAGGCUCUAGCUGAGGUGUUUAAACUCAUGGGAACUUUGGAGGAAGUGGUCAUGCCUCAGAAUGGCAUCUAUCAUGAGGGCAUUGCCGCUCUCACGGAUGCGUUUGCCAACAAUCCCAAUCUCAGGAUCCUGAACUUGAAUGACAACACGUUCACGGUGAAAGGAGCCCAACAAUUGGCCAAUGUUCUGCCCAAAUUGCAAAAGCUCCAAGUGCUGAACCUGGGCGAUUGUCUCCUGAAGACUGAAGGGGCCAUCCUGGUGGCCAAGGCAUUGGAAACCGGCCACAUGGACUUGGAAGAGCUCCACCUGGACUCGAAUGAGAUCCGAGUAGAUGGAGGGGUUCGAAUCCUUGAAUCUAUGUUGGACAAACCUAAGCUCAGACAACUCACUCUGGAUGCUAAUCAGUUCGGAGAGGCCGGUUGUCAACGUCUCAUGUCCAUGCUCAAAGCCAAAGGCAAAGAAAACAUCGUGGGCGAGGAAAUCGAGGAGGACGAAGAGCCUGAUUCCGACGAGGACAAUGAAGAAGACGGUGACGAGGAUGAAGACGACGACGACGACGACGAUUACGAAGAUGACGAGGAGUAUGAGGGACAAGAUGGCGAAGAAGAUGAUUACUACGAAGGCGAGGAGCAAUCGCAAGCUUCACCGCCAAAGCCGGCAGCCUCCAUUUUUGGUGGACCCACCACCACUUUUGGCACAUCAUCACCCUCGGUCGGGUCGAUUUUUGGCACGCCCAAGGCCGACGACAAGCCCAGCAUCUUUGGUGGCUCGCCCAAUCCCUGCCUUGGUGGCUUCUUUUCAACCUCCACAGCCACGCCCACCACGACCACCUCGUCUAUUUUUAGCACGUUCUCGUUUGGUCAACCGCCUGCCACAGGGACCGGCACCGCGAAUACGUCCACUUUGGCCGGUGCCUUCGGAUCGAUUGCCGCUAGCACUGCGGGAUUUUCCUUCUCCACCCCAGGAAGUCAACCAUCUGGAUCAGCUCUCGGAUUGGGAGGUUCUGGUGUGUCUGCUCUCUCUCCCAAGAAGGAUGAUCACGACGAGGUCGCUCAUGAGGAUCCUGACCACGAUCCUCACUUUGAGCCCAUCAUUCCCUUGCCUGCCUUGGUCAAAGUGACCACGGGUGAGGAAGACGAGGAAACGGUGUUCCUCCAUCGGUCCAAGGUGUUCAGAUACGACCCUGACACGAAACAAUGGAAAGAGCGCGGCAUCGGAGACAUCAAGAUCCUCCGACACACGGUCAAGAACUCCUAUCGAGUCUUACUGAGACGUGAGCAGAUCCACAAGGUGGCCUGCAACCACCUCAUCACCAAGGACAUGGAGCUCAAACCCAUGGCCGGAUCCCAGAACGCCGUGUGUUGGUUCGCCAUGGAUUACGCCGAGGAGGAGGCCAAACUGGAGCACUUGGCUGCUCGAUUCAAGUUACCCGAGACCAAGGACGAAUUCAAGACCACAUUCGAAGCCUGUCAAAAGGCCCUGGAGGAUCCAUCCUUCGCACCAAAAGCCAUCGAAAACAACGGCAUUGACAACUCCAAGGUCGAAAAUUUGAGUGCCUCCAAACCAGACGUGGUCUCGCCUCAAAAGGCUGUAGAAGAGAAGGUUGCCGCCGAAACCAAGGUCGCCACCACACCCCUAUUUGGAUCAGGACCAACUACAACGCCCUCUCCCGGUCUAUUCGGCAAUACCAACUCCUCUUCGGCGUCGCCCUCCAUUUUCGGAGGCGGCUCUGCGUCGGCCAAUACGAGCAUUUUUGGUGGAUCGGCCAAUAAAACCGCCUCGCCUUCACUCUUUGGAGGCUCGGCAGUGGAGAACGUGGCCUCUCCUUCGAUCUUUGGGAGCGGUGGAGGUGUGUCGUCGGAAGCUAGUAAGUCGAUCUUUGGCGAGAGCAAGGCGGCCCCCACUUCAUCCAUCUUUGGGGGGAUAGCCAGCAAUGCCUCGACCACUGGGGGGUUUUCAUUUGGCAAGCCAUCGACGGAUUCGACCCCUGAAACCGGCAGCAAGGGCAUUGAUCUUUCGGCCAACAAAUCCCUGCCCUCGUUUGCGGACAUGACCAAGUCUGGCAACGAUCAGGGCGGAUUCAGCUUUGCCAAGAAUGGCGAAAAUUUUAAAUUUGCCGGUCAAGGCGCCUCCAUCUUCGGCAAAUCCCCGGCUAGCAAAGCCAACGACAGUGGUAAUGCGGGUGACGGUGAUGCGGGCGAAGACGAGCACGAUCCUCAUUUCGAACCCAUCAUCCCGUUGCCCGAGCUCAUCAAGGUCACCACGGGCGAAGAGGACGAGGAGGUUCUCUUCAAGCACCGCGCCAAAGUGUUUCGAUUCGAUCCCGAAACCAAGCAGUGGAAGGAGCGUGGGGUUGGGGACAUGAAGAUCCUGAAGCAUCCUCAACGGAACACAUUCCGGAUUCUCCUCCGCCGCGAGCAGAUCCACAAGGUAGCCUGCAACCACCUGAUCACCAAGGACAUGGAUCUGAAAGCCAUGUUCGGCUCCGAGACCGCGGUGUGUUGGUUCGCCAUGGACUACGCCGAGGAUGAGGCCAAGAUGGAGCAUCUGGCCGUGCGGUUCAAGGAAGUGGCCACCAAGAACGAUUUCGAGGCCAAGUUCAAGCAGUGCCAGAAAGACCUCGAUAACCAUCCGAGCUCGCCGCCCAAGAAGAAGGACGAGGAGGCCACCCAACAGCAUCCCGAGCCACAUGACGAAGAUGACGACGACGACGACGAUGAUGAUGAAGAUGAGGCCAACACUAUGUUCGAGAUGGAAUGCCUUCUGUCCGAGCAAGCCGAGGACCGACUCGUCCACAUCGGCCCCGUCGAACUCCGAGUGGUUUACGACGACGACGUGUACGGGGCCCGGAUCAUCGCCUACCCCGUGUCCUCCACAUCCGAAGGCGACGAGGAUGCCGUGUGCAAUCAUCUGAUUGCCAUGCAAACCACUCUGGAUACCCUGGAUGCCGUGAGCUUGACCUGGUCGGCGUUGGAUUUUUCCCGAGACCCGCCGGCUUAUCGGACGUUCCAAGUGACCUUCCAGAACGAUGAGGAGUCACAGAUUUUCAAGGACUGCUUCAAUGAGGGCAAAGAGUUGGCCGAGCAGUCCGAGAUCCUGGAGAUGCCCAAUGAGUUGGAGAACCCCCAGGACUACUACUACGGCGAAGGAGGAGACUAUGAGGAUAACAACGCGUGACUCGGCCGAUCGUGUGACCCGGAUUUGAGUCGGGCGCUUCAAAAAUAUCUGGAAGAGCUCAAUUAGAGAGUUCACGUGGGUCGUCGACCCAAUUCAGAGCGUAGAUGAAUUUAUUUUUGCCGAGAUGUCUCUUCCCUCAUAUACGAGUACUAUAUGAAAUUACUUCUAUUUGUUGCCAAAAAAUGUUCGUAGCAUGACACACGAUCAAUUAUCUUUCCUUGUAGACGUGUUGUUCAUGAUAUACCCUGCUUUUCUUAAAUAAAGCAACAACUCCGAGA